AUGUCAAAUAUUUUAGCCUACUGGGGAAGGAGAGGAGGGGCGCCAGUGAGCAUUGUUGGUCGUGGCAAGUAUGUGGUGGCCCUGGCCUCCACGUGGUCUCGGUGGGACCGUUGGGUUCAAAUCCAGAGCUCUGUGAACGUUGCUGCACAGAUUGUUUCCCUCCGAUGGCAAUGCAUAAGCCCCACGUCGCUUUGUGGAAACCGGUUCCUCAAGAUCGGGACCGUCCUGCUUAUGAUCUUUUUCCUGAUAUCAGUGUUUCUGCGGAUCAGAGAUAGGAGCCGCAGCAUCGCCCAGCCUCCGUGUUCCUCGCGGUUAAACGGCAUCCCCUUCCUGAUGCGGCCCGCCAGCCGGUGUGAGAACAGCACUCCCUUCCUCGUCCUGCUGGUUACCAGCUCCCCCGAUCAGUUCCAGACUCGCUCUGUCAUCCGCCGGACAUGGGGGAGGGAGCGACUGGUCGGCGGAGCCAGGUCGGUCACCUAUUUCCUGUUGGGACAUGGGCGUCAGCGGCAGGACUGGAUCAUGCGGGAGGGCGCUCUGCACCAGGACAUCAUCCAGGGAGAUUUCCAGGACACGUACCACAACCUGACCCUCAAGGUGCUGCUGGGUCUCGAGUGGCUUUGCUGCUCCUGCCCCUCCGCCUCCUUCGUGAUGAAGACCGACUCCGACAUGUUCGUCAACACCGACUAUCUGAUCAAACUCCUGUCCCGGGAUCCGCACCGAAAGAACCUCUUAACUGGCAUAAUUAUGAAAGGUUUCCGACCUGUUCGUAUAAAAUCUAGCAAGUGGUACGUCAGCAAGGAUGAGUACCCCAGGGACAAGUACCCACCCUACUGUUCCGGCACCGGCUACGUCCUCUCCACUGACCUGGCCUGCCGUGUGUGGGAGGUCUCCGAAAAGGUGCCCAAAAUAAAAAUUGAAGAUGCUUACGUGGGACUUUGCCUGGAGGAGCUGAAGGUAGAACCCAUGAAAAUUCACUCUAAACAGGUCUUCUACGGUCACAAGGUACCUUUCUCCAUCUGCACCUACCGGCAGCUCGUCACGUCCCACUGGGUAAGAGACCACGAGAAACUGCUCUUCUGGAGGGGCUUGCAGGACUCGGCCGAUGAGAAGUGCCCUGGAGAACCAUUUCAAGCAUAUGCAGACUUUUUUUCUAUUUCGUGUCGACCAUUUGUGUGUCCGGACCAGCGGAAGAUAAUAAACAGCCAUAAAGAGGCGGGAGUGGCGAGGAGCGCGAUACCCACUCGCACCUUGUUCAUCGCACGCCUGCUGAACCUGUUGGUGAUAUGA